AGUCGACUACUUUGAAAUGUGGGUAAUAGAUAUUCAAUGUGUUUUUAAUAAUAAUUCGACCGAUUGCGAGAAACACACUAUAAAUUACAAUUGGUAAUUAUGACGAUAUAAAGAUAUGAUAUAAUAUCCGUAUUGUUUGAUAUUCCAACGUUGACAAUACUUGUUUGGCAAACAAUAUUCCGAGUGAUCGGCAACCAAUUACUUUUACUACUGAAAACAAUUCCUGAUAUGUGUCAGAUGCUAUCAAUGAGCUUGAAUGAUGCAAAGUCUGAAUUCCACUGAAUUCUACGUCAUCGAAUAAAUUCAUACUUACUCACGGAUAGAGAUUGUAAAAAUAUAUAAACGUCCAAUCCAUUUUCAUUGUGCAAUCGUAACCGUUCAACAGUUGACUGCUUUAAAAACUUCUUGAAAUGGACAGUGAAAACUCGACGUAUUUUACAGAGUCUCUCGAAAACGAUUCUCAAUCGAAUAGUAUAGAACUUGAUUAUGCAAAUGAUCGAAAUGCUGUGUGUGACGAUAGUGUAAUAAGUGUGCUUAGAAAAUCUUUUAACCCGGUUUUGAAGCAGAUCAGCUCUGGCAACGAAAUAAAUCGAUUACGAAAACGAGAAUUGGAAUACUAUUACAGUAUGAACCACAAGCAUCGAGGAUUGGCGUUGAUUUUCAAUCACAAUUAUUUCUACAAUAAUUUGAAUCCACGAAACGGAACUCAAGCUGAUUGUGAGCGAUUGCGCAAAACAUUCCAUUCGCUGAACUUCGAUGUACAAGUCCACGAUGAUUUGGAACAAGAUGACAUAUUCAAUGAACUGCAAAAAGUCGCUGAAAUGGACCAUUCUGACAACGAUUGCUUGGUGGUUGUAUUUCUAACACAUGGCAAACUGAAGGGUUUCAAUGAUGAUGAUAAUUCAUGCAAUACUCUAUUAAAUCAUGAUCUCAUGAGCUAUGUGUAUUCGAAGGACGAUAAAUAUCCACUGCAAGAUGUUUGGUGCUGCUUUACGAAUGAAGCUUGUCCAACGCUAGCAAAUAAGCCGAGAAUAUUCUUGAUUCAAGCAUGUCAAGGUGAAAAGCGAGAAAAGGCAUUCAAAUUGAUGUCGACGAGGUACGGAUUGAGAGGGGCUAGUAGAGAGCUUGAGCGAACGGCAAAUUUUUCAUUUCUACCGAAACAAGAUUUUUUAGUCGCUUAUUCUUCUUUACCUGGAUUUGGUGCGUUCAGAGAUCCAAACGAUGGAAGUUGGUUUAUUCAAUCAUUUUGCGAUGAAAUGAAAAAACGAAAACCAGACCAUGAUUUAUUGACUACUUUAACACUAACCGUACAAAGGGUCGCAUAUAAUUAUGAAACCAGAUCCAGUGAUCCCAGAUUAAAUGAAAAGAAACAGACUCCGUGCAUCUUUUCAAGGUUAACGAAAUUAAUCGUUUUUCCGGAGAAACCGGAGAUUGAAUACCAUCACAAUGGGCUGAGUGUACUGACUGUAAAAUGCAAAGAGUAACUCAGUUAUUUAAAGAUUAAAGUGUAAUAAGCAAAAAAAAUAACAGAAAAAUUAUAGAGUGUGAUUGGGUUUGCUUCAGAAAUUUAAUUGUCAUAAUAAAUAUUUCUGUAAUAAAACAACAUUUCCCUUUUA